AUGACGCCUACCCCGCCGCUGGUCAUGCUGCUGCUGCUCGGGCUAAUGGGAGCUCACGCCACCGUAGACAUCCGCACCGCCGCCGCCAUGGCGGCAGGUUUGUGCAAAACCCGACCCACAGACAUCGUGUUCAUCGUCGACAGCAGCCGCAGCGUUCGCCCUUCAGAGUUCGAGCAGGUCAAGGUCUUCCUGGCCAAGGUCAUCGAGGGCCUGGAUGUCGGACCCAACGCCACCCGUGUGGGAGUGGUCAACUACGCCAGCCGUGUCAAGAACGAGGUGUCACUGAAGACUCACCGCACCAAAGCUGGACUGAUCAAGGCCGUGACCAAGAUCGAGCCGCUGUCCACUGGAACGAUGACCGGACUCGCCAUCCAGUUCGCCCUGAACGUGGCCUUCAGCGAGGGAGAGGGCGCUCGUGUCAAAUCUCCUGACAUCAGCAAGGUUGCCAUCAUUGUGACAGACGGGCGUCCCCAGGACAACGUGAAGGACAUUGCUCUCCGCGCCCGAGAUGCCGGCAUUGAGAUCUUUGCCAUCGGCGUGGGACGUGUGGACAUGAGCACUCUGAAGCAGAUGGCCAGCGAUCCUCUGGACGACCACGUGGACUACGUGGAGAGCUACAGCGUCAUCGAGAAGCUCACCAAGAAGUUCCAGGAGGCGUUCUGUGUGUCGGACCUGUGUGCCACUGGGGAUCAUGACUGUGAGCAGGUAUGCAUCAGCAGCCCUGGAUCAUUCAAGUGUGCCUGCAAAGAUGGCUUUACCCUCAUGGACAAUGGUCGCAGCUGCAGUGCUUGCAGCAACUCUGCAACCGAUGUGGUGUUCCUGAUUGACGGCUCCAAGAGCGUUCGUCCCGAGAACUUUGAGCUGGUGAAGAAGUGGAUCAACCAGAUCAUCGACAAACUGGACGUGUCUGACAGCAAGGCCCACGUUGGACUGGUGCAGUACUCCAGCUCAGUCAAACAGGAGUUUCCCCUGGGUCGCUACAACAACAAGAAGGACCUGAAGGAUGCUGUGAAGAAGAUGGCCUACAUGGAGAGGGGAACCAUGACAGGUCAGGCCCUCCGCUAUCUUUCCGAUAACAGCUUCAACCCAGGUCACGGUGCCCGACCCGGAGUCGCCAAGGUCGGCAUUGUAUUCACUGACGGACGCAGCCAGGACUUCAUCGGAGACGCCGCCAAGAAGGCCAAGGAGAACGGCUUUAAGAUGUAUGCUGUGGGAGUGGGCAAUGCAGUGGAGGAUGAGUUGAGAGAGAUUGCAUCUGAGCCGACUGCAGAGCACUACUUCUACACCGCUGACUUCAAGGCCAUGACCCAGAUCGCCAAGAAACUGCAGAUUAACAUCUGCCAAGAGGACGACCCUUGCGAAUGCGACUCCCUCGUAAAGUUCCAAAAGAAAGUAGAAGAUGCUCUACAGGCACUAACAAAAAAAUUAGAGAGCAUGUCGAAGAGGAUCGCCAUGCUGGAGAACAAAAUCGUCUGA